CUCGUUGCCUCUCACUAGUCCCACCGUUUGGUUGUAGGAUUUUGGAGAGGAAGAGGGAAGAAGAACAGUCCACUUGUCGGAGUGUGUUUUGGAAUAUUCCGGUGACCGGAGAUCUAUUUCCGGCUCAUGGGUGCUUCUACUGCUAGGUUCGAGGGUUUGGGCUGGGUUAAGUACGUGGAGAGAUCCGUGGGGUUUUAGCAGUGUUUGGUGGAGGAGUGCGGAAAUUUUGGUUCAUUUUUGGGAGGAUUUGAAAUGCCGACUUAUUUUCAGCUGCCUUUUGUUUUAAAUUACUCUAGGUGCUGGAGCUCGAUUCUCGAUCUGUGGAUGUGAGGUCGUCGUUUCGUUUCUCAAGACUAAGCUUUCUGUGUGGGUUAGGCGAGGCUAGGGUUUUCGAGUUCGGGUAUUAUGGAAUGUGGAUGGUAAAUUAGGGUUUGAUUUUACCGUUUUGUGGUUUUCUACUCGUAUUUGGGAUGAAUCGGAGUUUUAGGGCACCGGAGAGGGGGCAAAUGGGGAGUCUGAGAUUGAAGGAUAACAAAGACGAGGACUUGGCACUAUUUCGGGAAAUGCGGAAGCGCGAGAAGGAACGCAACGAUCUUCUUCUUCUCCAGAACUCCGACGAGUUUGAUGCUCCUCUUGGACCAAAAACUGGUAGUUCUCCAAUAUUUAAUAUAACUACAGGAACACCUGCUCCUGUCCGGAAGACUGGCGCUGACGAUUUUCUCAAUUCUGACAAUGAUAAAAAUGAUUAUGAUUGGCUUUUGACACCUCCUGGUACGCCUCUUUUUCCUUCACUAGAGAUGGAAUCACAAAAAACUGUUAUGAGCCAGCUGGGAACUCCAAAAGCUCGACCUACAGCUCUGAAGUCUAGACUAUCCAAUCCCCAGCCUGAGCCUGCUGGAAGGAGUAAUUUAUCAUCUAGACAGCCAACUUCAUCCCCUGGGUUGAAUACAUCAACUGGAGGGCUUCGUAGGCCAUCUUCUUCUGGGGGUACUGGAUCAAGACCUGCAACACCAACUGGACGACCAACUUUGAGUUCAUCAGCUAGAUCCACCUUGACCUCAACAUCAAAUAAGCCUACAUUGGCUGCAGCUAAACCCACCUCAAACACGUCAAUUAAAGUAACAUCAACUGCGACAUCAAGGCCUUCGAGAUCUGCGACACCUACUUCUCGUCCCACGUUGUCUUCAGCUAAGCCCACAGUUCCUCCAAGAUCUUCUACUCCUACGGCAAGGUCUACUGUAAGAUCGUCAACACCAACAAGCAGAUCCUCUAUACCUGCGUCAAAGUCUACGUCUAGGGCCUCGACACCAACUCGUAGGCCAACAACAAUAUCCAGUGCAACAAGUGCGCCUGCUCUUUCAGUUAAGUCUCCAAAUUCCUCUUUGGUUGCCAAGCCAGUUUCCAAUGCAACAAAAAAUCCUGUGCCAAUGCGGUCUAAUUCUCCAACUAUGAGACCCAGACCGUGGAAGCCUUCGGAGAUGCCUGGGUUCUCCCUUGAUGUUCCACCAAAUCUAAGGACGUCCCUGCCUGACAGGCCACCUUCAGCCACUAGAGGUAGACCUGGAGCACCAAGUUCUCGAUCGUCAUCUGUUGAGCCUGUUCCGAAUGGAAGGAUCAGACGGCAAUCAUGUUCUCCAGCAAGAGGGCGACCUCCUAAUGGCAUUAUUCAUAGCAGUGGAAGCUCUGUGCCUGUACCUGCCGUAAAUCGGUUGCAUGCUAAGGCAAAUGACAACGUGAGCCCUGUUCUUGUUGGGACUAAAAUGGUUGAACGGGUAAUAAACAUGAGGAAACUAGUCCCACCCAAGCAAGAUGAUAAACAUUCACCUCACAGCAACUUAUCUGGAAAGUCCUCAUCUCCAGACAGCUCAGGCUUUGGAAGAACGCUUUCAAAGAAAUCUCUAGAUAUGGCUAUCAGACAUAUGGAUAUAAGACGGACUAUUCCAGGCAACCUAAGGCCUCUCAUGACCAACAUCCCUGCGUCCUCCAUGUAUAGUGUGAGAUCUGGUGGACCAACCAGACGAACGGUCAGUGUCUCGGAUUCUCCGCUUGCAACGAGCAGCAACGCCAGUUCUGAAGUGAGUGUCAAUAACAAUGCCCUUUGCAUGGAUGGACCCGAAGUAGAUGAUGAUGUUAGCAGUGAUAAGGGCAUACGGUCUCCAGCCAGCUUACAUGGCAGGUGAUGGUUUGUUACACUUCCUCAUACAUAAUUUCCGCUUUACCCAUCCCCUUCUAAAUUGAGCCACUGCUCGCAGCAAGAAUGACAACUGAGGUACGACUGUCCUCCAGGAAAAAUGAAUUGCCGAAGACCUGUCUUAUAUAUUGAUGUAAAUUUCUACGGAUGGUUAGUAUGUCAUUUGAUAUCCUGUAUUAUGAGUAGCAACUGGUUACGUGCUGAACUGCCUUCCAGUUUGUUGUUUGUUUGGCAAUGGAAUGUACCACCACCUCCUAUUGUGGGAUUCUAAUCGAUACUUCUAAUUUGUUUACACUAAUUCAAAAUUCAAACCUGCCAUUUUCUCUCAGAA